UGUCAGAUUCAAUGUCAACAAUCGUUCCGCUUAUCACAUUCUGCGCGCUUGUUUACCACUGGCGGUUAGUUUUGUUGUGCGUUUGCCAGUAAAUAAUCCAGAAAUUUUAUUCGAAAAAUAAGUUCAACGAUUUGUGAAGCUAGCCAAAAUGAACCCGUUCGUACCCGUACAAUAUCGGGAAGUUCCUAUGAGACAACUUUCAUCAAACUCAAGCAGCUGGAGAGAAAUCAGUAUAAGCACCGGUGGUAUACAUAAUAUGCUGCAAGAUGUGAAAACUUCCGAACAGUGCGGAGGAUAUUGCUUCGCUGAAAGAGAAGAUUACCGGCCUAAUCGAUUCGUUUAUUGGCGCACAUGCGGUGACUCCAUCUAUCUAUGCGAAGUUAGCAUGAACUUGAAUCUGGCAAACAAUCAUCUGAAAAUCAGCUUCGAUGAAAGUCCCAUACUUUCGGUUGAAAUCAGCGGUAAUCGGUUGCAGGUAUUCUUGUUGAUAGUAACCGUCACCAGUAUUCACCGCAUUUUGCUAAAACAUCCGAAAGCUAACAGCGUCAAUCCGGACGGAGCUCACGAAUCGGUGCUGUCCUCGAUCACGAAAGAGCAGAUAUGUGAUACGACGUCAUUUUACGUUAUCAGUAACGAUAUUGGCCAGUGUCUGCCCUCUAUUGCCGCUGCUUACCGAGUUGAGUACGACGAUAAUGAGAGUGACGCUUUUUUCGCAGUUUCAACCGUGUCUGCACUCUAUCUGUUCCAGAUGGGUAGUCUUGGAGGUGUAAAAAUGACGGAACUGAAACAUAAUCAGCUGAUUUCGAGAUUAUUUUCAAAUUUAACCGAUGCUUGGAGGAAAAAGAAUGCUAAUGCGCCAGAUCAGAUAGUGUCGCUUAUAUUUGGGGAGAUCGACGGGCAUUUCGUGUUGUACGCAUUUUACCGGAAUAAUGUCGCUCGUGUGUGGUCCGCAAAUGGUUCGUGCAUUGGUGUUGAGUGUUUGGUGAAGCAUUCCGAUCAACGGUUGGAGGGGUCUCAAACUACCAUAGUUCGGAAAUCUACUUCCCUAAUUGGAGUGUUUCUGGCAUAUUCAGACUGUUCAGAGUUUAUCUUAUUUCGGCCUGUAUUAGACGACUCUGGAAAUGUCUCGCUGGUGAAAGAGUCAGUUAUUCUGGCCCCUAAUUACGACUUGAUUGACUAUAAAAUGUCCGAUCGAGGUAUUUGGGCCUUGUGGUGUAAUGCAGAAGGCGAAAUGCAAGUGUUGACUUAUUCCCUGAAUAGUGAAUCGAACAAUUUCUGGUUACCGAUCCCGUUGGAAACCAUGGAUGACAAAUAUAUCUCUAAACUGGAAAAGGGCACUGACCUGAAGCACGUUUAUUGUAACCGCAUUUUUCAUUCGGGGAAGUUUCAUAAUAAUGUUAUCGCAAAGACACUUUCGAUGUUCAACAGAAGCUUCAGCUAUUCCGGUACUGUUAUCUCAACUGCUGCAUUGAAACGGCACGUAUGCAGCUACAUCGAUGGAGAGUUGCAGAACGAACGUAAAAUGCAGAACAUAACCGAUGAAGAAUUUAUUGAACUCUCCUCUACGUUGUGGGAAAAGUUCUACAUGUGCUGCUCGCAGUAUAACUUUGAAGCGUGCCAACCGAUUGGGAUGCUCAUCCUAGAAGGAAUGAAUGUUUUCUGUUUGAUUCGCAAGAAGUUGAUUUCAUUCUUCCGACCAUGUGACGAGCUGGAACUGGCCUUUCUUUCGGAGAACUAUCCUGGAAGUAUCGCCAGUGGGGUAGCAGGUGGGAAAUCUUUGCAGCAGGAUGUGUCAGUGCUGGUGAGAGUACUGAAGCAGAUCGAUAAAUUUGUGCCCGAAAAUGAAAAGAUAGAGAUCGAAUCUUGCUUGUUCCAGCUGCGUUCGACCAAGGACGUAAUGGGAACGAUUGCCGGAUCGCAGUGCUUCGGAAAUCAGUGUAGCCUAACAUCCGUUAUUCAGUCCAUCGAAGAUCUCCCGAAAGCAAUGGCAGUUGUGCUCCAAAAACUGAAACUCGACUAUGAAUCGGAAGUGGAGUCCUGUUAUUAUUCCAGCUCACGAAGUUUGCCGUUCGGGGGUCUGCUCGGAGUGCAACUGUUAACGGAGACCGUUCGCCAGAUGAUACAGCUGCGCUACAUGGUCGUUCGGAAUUUGAUUGUGUUUCAGCAUUUACUGCUGAAUAAUUUUGCCCUAAACUGCAAUGCGAUGGAAAUUAUUCGCUCCAAGUGUAUCCCGGAUGGUGAAGUUUUUCUGCAAUCGUACUACGUGAUGAACUGGAUUGCCGAAUCGACGGUGGAUUAUGCCUCCAUUCGAAGCAAAUCAUUGGAGAGCGAUGCCUGUAUGGUGAUUGGCCAGGAGGAAGCUUACGGUUUCGAGUACAUUUCAUUACUGCAUUUGUUUGUUGCUACCAGGGGACUUAAGACGAGUGUGGCUAGUGAAGAGGCCCAGCAUUUUAUGGAGAAUUCGGAAUGGUCUUCCGUUUUACUGGAUAUUUCCAAUAGGUUGCUUCGCCUGAUUUGGCCCGUGGCUGGUGAUUUCACGUUCGGCCAGUGGCUUAUGCAGGGGGAAAUGAACAUUUUCAUUGAAGAAUACGUACGUCUGCUAAACACCUGGUGCGAAUGGAAUAAUUGCUCUCGUAACUUCAUCCUGGCCAAAUCUUAUUUGAUGAACGGUGAGCACGCGAAGGCUUUAGAUCUCUUCCCUCAAUCGGCGAAAGGAAUCUUCAAUGAACCUUAUCUGAUUAACUUUGCCAAGCCUUCCGACGCUUCGUCGGUUCCACCCGAUGAGAUGUUGAGUAUUUUCUACCUCAAAGUGAUCCGUUUGUUUGAACACUACGGUGCGUAUGAUUGUAUUAAUGUGCUGGCGCAGAUUGCGAUCGGAACCUCGCUGCAAAGCAAACAGCAAGCGAUGUUCCAAAGCAUUGACUUUAGCAGUCACAUGGAGUUGGGACAUUACGAGGAAGCGUACCAUUCGCUGGUGUACAACUGUGAGCCAACACGAAAGAAGGACUGCCUGAGACAACUAGUGUGGCGUUUGUUCCAGGCCAAAAAGUUCAACAUUCUGAUCGAUCUGCCCUACUAUGGAUUGGAGAUGGAUUUCCAAAAUAUCGUGGAAAUGCAUGCCCGAUCGGUUGAGAUAACUGAGAAUAGUCACUAUGACUUUUUGUAUUCGUAUUUCAUUUUGAAAGGAAACAUGCGGAAAGCUGCCAUCAUAUCAUAUGAAAAGGCCAUGCGAUGCCAACUAGAAUGUAAUUCUCUCGUGUUCAUGAAGUUGCGCUGUGAAGCUCUGCUGAAGUGUGUCAAUGCGUUGAAUCUCGUGGCACCGGAUUAUGCCUGGAUUGCCAAACCCACCGUUUUCAAGGAAAAUAGAUCACCGGAUGAACGGGAAAAUCAGAUUGUCGUCAUCAGUUUAGCUGAUGUCCGGAAAGAGCUUAUGAUAACGGAAGCCGCGUUGGAAAUUUCCAAACAACUUGAAGAUUACAAAGCGGUACUGGAUGUGGAUACAGCCGAGUUAAUUGUUAUUCUAGCGAACGCAAAACUGUAUGCUACUGCUUUCAAGCUGGCACAUGCUCUUGGAAGGAGCGUACUGCCAGUGUAUGAAAGUCUGGCGAUUGCGUGCGUAAUGUGCGCCAUGCAGGACACGACCGAUAGUUGGGACUGGUUACACAAAAAUAAUCUUACUGAAUCAGUAAUCAGCAUCGACAGUACAAGUACCGCUUGGAAUUAUUUGAAGUACUGUCUGUCCAAUGAAACUAAUGAUCCUGAAGCGUGCCAUGUGGCGGUUAUAAAUCAAAUAAUUUCCAAAAACGCGUUUUCACCGCAAUGGUUGACGGAUUAUUGUAUGAGCAAAACGCCAACUAAAUUGCUGCAGUUAUACGUGAAUUACGGCCGACUGGAGGAAGCUUUUGACAUAGCUGUGAAACUAAUUCAACCGCAGCUGAUCAGUCGAAGUUCGAUAACAUCACUUCAUCUCAAUAGGUUCCUGCUCCCAAUUACGCUGAUCGAUCGGCUUCAGUACGAACUACGCAAGGAUGCAAAAUUUAAAGAGCAAACGAAUGUUUUAGGGCAGCUUAUAGAUUGCCUAGCAAAAUAAGGACCUAAUCUGAAUUUGUCUCUACAAGUAUUUAAAAAAACAAUUGAUUAAGACAGUUAUUGUACACAAUCGACUAAGCUUCGUCUGUUUA